GCGACCGGUGUCGGGCGCCGGUUAGCGACUAGCGUUACUGCGUUAGUCGGGCACUGGCGGCACACGGUUUCGGUAAUGUCGGGCUAACCACAGAUUUUACACGCUAUCAGAACCGCGCGAAAACAAUUUAAAAAAAAAACAAUUAUUAAACGCCGUCGAUUCGAUGGCUCGCGAGUAGUUAAGUGUUUUUAUUUUUUAUUUAUUUUUCGAUUUCAUUUACCCGUUAUACAUUUUGGCCCAAAACGCCUCCAAGAAAAAAACCAUCCACAUACAUUUACCACUUGCGACAGCCGACACCCGAACCACCGUGACAACCGCUGUGGCCUUUUAACACUAUGUCGAAGCAACAAUCAGAUUUGAGUGGAACUCGAUCCGAAUGGAGUUUUCGCGCGUGCCUAGUCGUCCUAGCUAGUUUCAUAUGCAACGGACUGGUGUUUGGCUUUAUCAAUUCGUAUUCAGUAACAUAUGUAUACCUGUUAAAGAAACUGGAAGAUGCCGGAGUUGGCGACGCCUCGUCUAAAGCAUCUUUGGUGGGAUCUCUGUCAGUGGGUACUACAUUCCUGAUGUCACCUAUCGCUGGUGUGCUGACCGACCGAAUCGGCAUACGACUGACCACAUUCACUGGCGGCAUAAUCGCCACUAGCAGUUUAUUAAUAUCGUCGUUUUGCACACACCAAGUCGAAGUAUUAUAUGUUACAUACGGGCUGUUGUAUGGUAUUGGUGCAUCCUUAGCAUACACGCCGUCGUUGGCUAUCUUAGGCCAUUAUUUCAAAACAUAUUUAGGACUUGUUAACGGCAUAGUAACUGCUGGUAGUUCGUGUUUCACCAUGCUCAUUCCUUAUUUCGUGGAUUCACUCCUGGUCAAUUUCGGUUUGGACAAUUGUCUGCGGUGGGAAGCUGCAUUAACGGCCGUACUGAUGGUGUGUUCGAUGGCGUUCAAACCGACUUACAAAAUAGAGAAAUCCGACAUGAACAAGAGCAUAUCCGACGAGCUUCGAUCAUUGGUCAAUAUUAACAUUUGGAAAAAUCCCAGAUACGUCAUAUGGGCCACCAUGAUUCCUCUUGCACUUUUCGGAUACUUUGUUCCUUACGUUCAUCUGGUGAAAUUUGUCGAAGACAAAUUCCCGCAGAGCGACGGAAAAAUUCUUGUCACUUGUAUUGGCAUUUCUUCAGGACUAGGCAGAUUAAUAGCUGGGCCAAUUUCUGACUUGAAGGGAGCUAACCGAAUAGUAAUGCAACAGGUUUCUUUAUGGCUUAUAGGUCUUAUGACAAUGUGCAUAAUCAUAGUGCCGAAUUUUACCAUAUUAAUUUUGAUCACUCUAAUGAUGGGUUUGGCCGACGGGUGUUUUGUAAGCGUCAUAGGACCUAUAGCUUUUGACCUUUGCGGGCAGAAAGGCGCUGCCCAGGCCAUUGGUUGUAUCCUCGGGUUGUGUUCCGUGCCGUUGACGGUGGGACCUCCGAUUGCCGGUUUGAUGUACGACAAGUACAAAACCUACAAUGGAGCGUUUUUGUUAGCCGGAGUGCCGCCUCUCAUUGGCGGCGCAUUCUUGUCCGCCAUCCGAUGUGUACCUUCAAAAAUCAGAGACAAGGAAGGGAAUGUUCUCGAAGAACCGGAACAAAAUCUGUCGUCGGAAUUAUUAGAGAAUGGAGAAUUGCACGCAGUUAAUUGCUGAUACCAUUGCAAACAUCUACAAAAAUGCUCCAACAGUGCAGAAAGUGCUUGUGCAUAGACCAAGAGCAUAAUAUAAAACGAUAAAAUGUGAUCUUUUUUUUACAUGCACACAAUCGAAUAUUUGUAAUUAAAAUAUAUUUUUAUCAUACCUUAUGAUAGGCCAUGUGUUCUGAUAAAAAAACAUUUUAUAUUUA